CAUUUAAUAUUGAGUAAUGAGGUAAACAAUAUCACAUGAUAACGGAUUGUAGAUUCAUGUGAUGCUCAGAUUAAAAUGACCUAAAAUAUCAUAUCUUCCUUACUUAAAUGCCCUAAUUGAACUGAUAAAUAAAUCACAUGUAAAAGGUUUUAAUCGUAGGUAUAACAAAUUGACAGGAUAGCGCAUACCUUCACCAAAGCAAAUGAAGAAGAACGAAGAAACAUCUCCUCUUUUAAAAGAAAGUCAAAUGUGGGACAAACGUGUAAAAGAAGCAUGGACGUCUGGAAAAACAGGAAACUUUCGGUUCCAGGGGGUCACAAGAAAUGUUAUUUUGGCGAUUUUAAAUGUAUUCUCAAACGUUGCAAUGAAUGUGAGCCUGCCAGUGUUUGCUGGUACUAUGGAUGAAAUUGGUGGAGAUGCUUUUGUUCUGCUACUGAAUACAUGUUUCGUUAUUGGAGUUCUUUUUGUAUUGACUAAUGUUUUUGCCAAAGUCUUCAUAGAUAAAUCCACUACUUUUAGAUUGACAUCCAGUUUAAAGAUAAUUUUUGCUCUGGGACUUUUUACUGCACUUAACGGGAUACUAGUUGUGUUUGCUAGUCCUCCAAAUAGGACACCGGGAUACUUACAAGGGAUUUUGUCAACAACAACUAUUCCUUUUACAAUAAUAUGCCGGCUUAUUUUUCUCCGGAAAGGAAUAAGUGUUGUGCGUGCACUUUGCACGUGCCUGGUGAUGGCGGGACUUUUUAUAACUGCUGAACCCCAAAUAUUCGGCAUCAACUCUGCAGACGAUUCGAACACUGCCGAUGAAUCAACUUCUGCUAGAAUUUUAUGGCCACUUUGUUUUGCGUUGGGAUUUCUACCAAUUGGACUUAUGAAUGUUAUAUGUGAAAAGGAAUUAAAAAACAGUGAGGCAAAAUCAUUUAACUUCAUUAUGUGGUCACAAUUUACUCAGAUCAUUUGUAUGGUGUGCUUAUUUUGGACUGACUUUAUCCCAGGAUUUGGAAUGGCUAGUUCUUUUUCUGAAUUCUCUACCAGAUACAAGAGAGGGACGACAUGCUUGUUCAGCACUAGUUCGGACUGUAGAGGUCUCAUUGGAAAGUCGUGGAUUUUCUUUGGAGGAUACACGUUUGCAAAUCUCUUUCAAUUUCUCCUCAUCGAAUACACUGAAGGGGCUGUAUUCGCCGCCGUGGUGCAGUCACUAGUUGGUCCCAUAGCCUCCAUAUUCUGGACAUUUUUUGAAUUUAAUGUGCAAGACAAUGUUUUCCGAUGGCACCCGGUGUUUAACGAAACGACUGCAUUCACACUCAUUGGUCUGCUUUUGAUGGUACCAGGUGUUAUGCUGUAUAACUAUUUCAGCAACAGAGAGGCAAAGGAUGUAAACAAAGAAUGCCGUGAUUUGUAUACUGACCCUGAAUUAACAAUUAAUAAUGCUCAGUCAUAAUUAAACUGAAUUUUUUUUAAUGAAAAAUAAACUGAUAAUAAUUUUU